UUUUUCAGACCAUGAUGGUGCACUAUGUCCCAACAGUGGUCCACUUCCUGUAUGCGUUGAUUUAUCCCGGAAAUAUCGUCUCCUCCGCGUAAUCCACCUGUGGAUCAGUUCAGUUGCAAACUUAUGCGGCUUUAGUACGAUGCGAAGCGUUUAAUAGUUUUAGGGGCACACUACUUCGUCGAGUAGGUUAUGGCUAGUUUGAGGGAAGUCGGAAUGGUGAGCGCAGCUGUGGCUGUCACUGGUGGACUGGUGUAUAUCGUGUGGAAUUUGUUGUAUGCCUCAGGAAAAAAGAAGCCCGACAAAAAAGACGAAUCCCCACCGAAGCUAGAGAAAAUACAAGAAGUAAAGGCACAUGAAACCGCGCAGGCACCAGUGCAGGCACCAGUAGUAUCAGAGACACAACCAGCCAAGCCAAAGGGUACUUGGGUCCUCGUGCUUGGACUGGAGGGAGCUGGGAAGACGAGUGUGCUUCACUGCUUCGCCACCGGGUCUUUGGAGCAGGACGUGACCCCAACGGAGGGCUUCAAUGCCGUCUCCAUCAACAAAGAAGACCUUCAGAUCGAAUUUCUCGAGAUUGGGGGCACUGAGAACCUGCGAGCUUACUGGCAGAAGUACCUGUCCAAGGCACUGGUGCUUCUCUAUGUGGUGGACUCGACUGACAAGGCUCGCUUUCCCAUCGCUAAAAAGCACCUGCAUGAGCUGCUGCUGUCCUCAGCCUCCCAUCUGCCCUUAGUGGUGCUGGCCAACAAACAGGAUGUAGCUGACGCCUGCGGCAUCACUGACCUCCACGAAGCCCUGGACCUCGGUGUAGUUGGAGAGGAGCGAAAACUCUUCCUCAUCGGCACGUCCGUGAGGAGGGGUCAGCAGCUGAACUCGGGCGUUGAGGACGCUCGAAAUUUGGUCAUUCAGAUGGUGGCACCUGACUGCUAGAUUUGGCAGUCAUGUAAGUAGCACACGUGCCUACAGUUAACUACAGGUGUGCUUGCUAACAGCCAAACAAUGGUGGUCGGCGGUCGCACACCAGCAUAACACAUUAAACAGUUAGUUUAGUCACUUAAAUUAUGUUUGGAGUUGUAGAGAUACACCGCACAAUAGGACAACAGUUUGCUAUAGUAAAAUGACUCCGUUUGAGUUGACUGCUGCCUAGUUAGAGGAUGACCAAAAUGUUUUAUGUUUGUGUUUAAGCAUCUUGCGAUCUGAGUCAUAUCAUAGACAGCAAUACCUUAUGGUUAACUCAGUCAGUCUCUCACCUUUUUAAAAUAUUUUUUACAGUAUCCUCAUCCAAACAAGAGAAUGUGUGUUUCUUUGUUUGUUUUCCUGAAUGUAAACAGUGGCUUAAAAGGAAAGUGGUAUCACAUGCUUCUGUCUCAUAGUGAGGUUGCUGAUGUUUCCAAGGGAAAGCAGUAUGUCCUAAAAUUAUUUCAUUUUCUAAGGGCCUUCAGUUACGGUGGACAUUUAUUUUUCAAGCUUUGAUAUCAAUUACUGCAUUGACUUUUGAAUGUGGAAUAAUAUUUGUUUGGCAAGUUGGCCAUGCAGAUACAUUAUAUCUUGGUUUGUACUGUAAAGGACAUUAUUUGUGUCUAUUUGGUAUUUGAAAGGGACUUGUACAAUGUUAGGUAUGUCAUAGAGGACAUUACACAGUAAGGUCUUUAUGACAUUGUUAUAUUCUACUUAAGUUAAAUAAUUAUUUUUGGAAAUAAAACAAAAAAGCACAUUAAGCAAAACAUGCCAAAGCACUCACCUUAAACAAUUAAUGACUGUUUACACUUGCUUUGGAUAAUGUUACUUUUUUCUCUCUUUUGUGUUUUAAAUUAUAUUCUGUCAUGGUCAUGUUUUUGUUGUAUUGAGUGAUGGAGUUACAUAGCUAAAGCUUUAUCUCUCCUGUGCACUACUCUGUCGACAGGCAAAAUUAAAAUUUUCAUACAUUGAAGAAUGUAAAAUAUUGACAAUACAGUUGUGCAACAUUUCCCUAAAGAUAAAGUAUUGUUUGUGAUUUUUAAAGCAGGACUGUCAUUUUCUAAAUGUUUGGAGCCUCUAAUUUUGGGUUGUCAAGGAAGUUCUGUGGUUUGUAUUUGUGGUAGGCUAUAUUGUAUUAUAUUUACAAAUAAACAAAGUAAAUAGUUUUCUUGAA